AUGCCAUACAUCAACCAGCACCUCAAAGAUAUUCAAGUGCAGAUUAGCGCCAUUCAAGAUCAACUUCGGCAAGUAAAGGAGGGCCGAGGUGACGCCUCCACCAGUUUUGCUGCCUCAUCUAGCCGAAUGGAGGCGUUCAUAGAUUCCAUCCUCUCCAAGCCCCUCUCGCCAAAUUUCAAGGCCCUGUCGUUGGGGACCUAUGACAGGAGUACAGACCCCAAGGAUCACUUAGAAAGCUUUCAGACCCUCAUGAUCCUACACAGAUACUUUGGUGCCCUCAUGUGCCAAGCCUUCGAAGCCACAUUCAAGGGAGCAGUGCACCAAUGGUUCUCCACACUGCCUCCACACUCUAUUGCCUCUUGGGGCGGACCUCUUCCUAGGUCAUUUUAUAAGCAGUUGACGGUGUCUAAAAAUCAUCAUCUCCCUGAUGUCUAUCAACCAGAAGCACGAGGAGAGCCUUCGGGCGCAUUACCGGAGACAAUUGGAAGGCUGAAGAACCUUGAGUUUCUUAACCUUUCUGCUAAUGCCUUGGUGGAAAAGAUUCAUCAGAACCUCACUGCUCUUCGAAAUCUUACUGUCAAUUACUUCUCUUGUGGUGUUCCAAGUGUGUUUGAAGCCGUUCAAGUUUUAGAUAUGUCUUCCAAUCUGAUUAACGGGUCGUUGCCGCCAGAUUUUGGUGGAGUCAGCCUCCGUUACUUGAACCUCUCGUACAAUAGGCUCGUCGGAAGGAUUCCACCGGAAUUUGGAUAG